CUCUUCUGCGUCGGUCGAGUUGUUUUCACUGACUUCUAUUUUGCUAUUUUUAAUUUACCGACUUAUCGUUUGGCGUUUACGUUUAGUUUAUAAUGAUCUGUUGAGCCCAUAGAUAAUACACUUAUACUAGCUAGCUAGCUGGUUGAGCCGGUGGCCAUUGUGUUUUCAGUUGACAUGAGUUUAUUCUAUUAUUAAGUUAACAUUUAAGUUUUUCGUCUAAGUUGUUGUGAAUUCAAAUUGAAGUUUAUAAACAGUUAUUAUUUUAUUAUAGAUAAGUGCUUUAAACCAAAAUGAUGGAUGACAGUAUCCCUUCAUCCAUUAUCUUAGACGAAAUCCACAACACUCUUUUGUUUGGCGAUGUUGUGGAUAUUUCACCCGUGGCAUACGAGCAGGAGGCUCACCAGAUGGAAAGUGACCCCCCAUGGACAUCUGCAACACUGGGGGUCUUGCAGACGCCAAUCGGACCACCUGCUAGGACUGUUUUUAAUGGAAUACAUAAUUUCGUUGUUGAAAUAGAUGGAUCAAAUACCCAAAAACAGAAGUACUUGUAUUCCCAUCGACUGAAUCGGAUAUACGUGAACAUGGAGUGCAAUUUCUCGGUGAAUUUCAAAUGGGACACAAACGAGCCGAUGUACGUGCGCGCCACCACCGUGUUCUCGGAGCCCGCGCAGGCGCAGAAGAGGGUCGAGCGAUGCAUACAACACUCGCACGACUCCUACAACCAGCCGCUCCGGCCGGAGCCGCACGUGGUGAAGAACGUGCUGCGCUCGGCGCGCGCGGCGGGCGGCGCGGGCGUGCACUACUGCGGCAGCGCGCCGCGCGCCGACUCCUGGUACUCCGUGCUCGUGGCCUUCGCCGCGCCCGCCGCGCACGCCUUCCAGUUCGUGUGCAAGAACAGCUGCUCCACCGGCAUCAACCGCCGCCCCAUCGACGUCAUCUUCACCCUCGAGGACGUCUCCGGCGCCGUGCUGGGCCGGCACGUGGUGGGCGCGCGCGUGUGCUCGUGCCCGCGCCGCGACAUGCUGGCCGACGAGAAGCAGGCGGGCGGGAAGCGACGCGCGCCCGCCGCGCCGCCCGCGCCCGCCGCGCCCCUCGCGCCCCUCGCGCCGCCCGCCAAGCGCCGGCUGCGCGAGCGCGAGCGCGCCGACGAGGACGCCGUCGUCACGCUGCCCGAGAUGAAAAUUUACGGUGUGAGGACGGCGACGGCCGGCAUUAAAGUGAUGCUCGAAAUGAUGGAACACGUGAAAGCCAUCAAAAGCAGCGUGCAGCAACCGGUCGACGAGCUCACCAGAACGAUAAAUGAACUUAAAACUAUUAAAGAGAACAUAAAGUCCAUUAAGAAAGAGAACGAGCAGUGAGUUAUUUUAAGUUUAAAAUAAGAAAAUAUUUUUAAAGUUUUUACAAAUUAAUUCAUAAGUAUUUUUUUAACCGAACACCGUGCUCGGUGAAUCAGUGUGACGCUGUCGACGCCACGUGACGCGUGACCGUUGGCAGCACAAUGACAGUGUAAUGGCUUAAAUCAAAUUUUCACUAUGACAACGUGUAAUAACAUAUAUCCGAUAUAAGUUAAUAUCGCGGUCCGUACUUUUAAAUAGUCGAUUAGAGUUAAUGUGAUAUAUGUAUAUGAUAUCCCAUAGUGAAAUUUGAUAAGCCUUCGCUCAUUAGAGGGGCUCUCUAAUGAGCGAAGUUUAUUUCUUGAGGUCGAUCUCUAUGUCAGGAUGAUCAACCUGGUGUUCAUCCGGUGUGUGUUCUAUUCUCCAAUGGCAAAGGGAUAAAGAAAGAAACCUCCUUUUACAGAAUUCAUAUUCCAAGCUGUGAUAAUAGUGGUCUGUUCUAUUAUGCACUGAAAAGUUAUUUUUAAUACAACACUAACUAUAUUUCUAAUAGUUUGUCGACAUUCAAAAUCAUAAUUGAUACCAUGGAUUCAUAUGUCAUGUGAAUUCAAGGUCAUAGUUAGUGCUUAUCCUGUCUCCAGCCAUUGGAGUCGGCUAUAGAAAUAUUUCUUCACAAUUAUCAAGAUUAUGUUGCUUUAUACAUUCCGAUUGUCAUUGAUUUAUUUGAUAUUAAGUUUUCGAAUUGGCGUUUAGUGACUUUUCGUUAUUAUUUUUUUUUGAUAUAAUAUAUGAUUUUAUGUAAAAUCAUGAAAAAAAUCUUGCAAUAGAAUUUAUUGUGCCAUUUUAUUUUUUGUUAGUUUUCUUUUUUUGAAAUUACGUCAACAUUCGGUUGGAAACCGAAUAUAUUCAAAACAAAUAUAUAUUUAGAUAUAUCAUUGACAUUUAUAGUAUAUAACAACUGUAAUUCUGCAAUUCCGUUCAGAAUUACGUCAUUUAGUUCUGUUUUGCUGACCAUCUUUUCGAACUGAAUGCAAAAGAAUAUUUUUUUCUUAACAAUUUGUGACAAUGUGUGAACAGGUUCACUUAUCGUCUUCAAUCUGUUCGUCCACCGAGCCUCUUCUUGAAUAAUAAAUUUUGGAUCGAAAGCAUCGAAUCAAAAUAUCGAGUACAUUUAAAUUAGGUAUUAGUUUCUUAGACAUCAUUGAUAUUGCGUGCUAUUUGGACUGUGUUGCCGCGACAAUGGAUAUCAUAUUUGAAAAUGCGACUUUAAAUAAUUGCCAGUUGCAAAAAACGUUCUUUUUUUAAAAUAUAAGUUAAGGACAAAUGACAACUUGAAAAAUAUCAUAAAGUUACAUUGAAUUUAAAUUUGGAAUCCACAGUCAAAUGCAAUAAAAAAGUUUAAAAUGGCCAGUAUAGAAAACGCAAUCUCAGUAGUGAAAUUCGAAUAACAAAUGUUAUUCGAAUGUUUUCCCGCCUAUUUUACAUUUAAUAUAAGGAAUACGUUAGUGGGCUGAAUAAUUUAUUCAACUAACGAAUAACCACGGCGAUAAACUCAGGCCGAUUAGUGAGAUGGAUUCGAUUAAUUAGUAAACCAUUCAGUUGUCUAUUCUCCGUUAAGAAUGUAACGAACGGAAAUUGUUCAUAUCAUUCAGUAGGCUUUUGUUUUAAAAAUAACAUGAAGGGAUACCAUAUUCAAGAAACCAUUAUUUUGCUUACGGAUAGUAGGGUAAAUGUAUGAGUAUUUAAUUUAAAAAAUGCAAGUGAAACUUAAUAAUAGUAACCCGAUAAAGUUUAUAAAUCAUCAAAUGUAUUAAUGUUUUUCUACGGAAUCAGGUAUGUUGUUGUAGAAGACCUACAAUUUCAAACAAUAACCAGUUAUUAUUUCUGCAGAAAAUUUAUAUCCGACUAUUAUAUAUUGUUUAGUUGAUGUACAGUUUUAUCUGUUUUUGUCAUCGUUGAUUUUACAUUCGAAUGAAGAGACAGCACUGUUUCUAAUCAUCCCCCUAAACGACAUUUGUAUGUUAAGUUAUGUAUUAUGUCUUGUACGAUAAGGAAACGUUUGCAACUGUUACUUGUUAGUAGUCGUAUUUAUUUACUGCUUAAUUCUUUACUAAUGGCCGGUUUUAAUAUUAAAAAAGGUUUUGGUUACGAAUAAUAUAAUUGUCAAAGAGACGUAAUAACGAAUAACGGAUAGUAUGAAUUUAUAAUACCAGUGUUUCAAUAAAAUAUUGUAAACUUCUGUUAGACAAUUGUAUGAUGCAUAAACAGAACGAAUCUGACAAAACAUUAUGACUGAUACUGAGUGCUAACAAAAAUGGUUUCGGUGCUUUUAUUACAAAUCUUAUAAAAGAUAUAUGUCUCCAAUUGAAUUUAUGUCAAUUUAUAGAAUUGUAUUUACUCAAGCUUUUAUUUAACUACACUUUUUAGUAUUAUUCUGAUAUUGCAAAUGAUUUUUUAAAUAAUUUCCGUUGAAUCAAUUGAUUUGAUAUUUGCAUACUUAUUUUUUUCCACUAGUAACAAAAUUUUAUUAAUCUGUGGAUGUUGAUUAAAUAAAAGCUUGUUUUAGUAAGUUAAAAAAUUUAACUUUUAAAUUUAAUGUUCAAUAAAUGAAAAUCAUUGUGCCUUCAUGCUUUAUAAAAAGUAAUAAACUAUUUAUUGAAUAAAAAUAUAAUAUAGAAGUUAAGUUAUAAUAAGUAUACAAUUUUCGUUUCCUUAAUCAUUUUUGUAUUACAAUUUUAAUUGUUCACUUUCGAAUUUAAGAAAAUACAUUUUUAUUAUAGUAA